AUGUUGGAAAGUUUACCAUCUCCAUCCGAUAACCAUAAUUCAUUUUCAUUUUUAAGUGUAUGUUUCAAAUUAAUAAAUUUUAUUACAUUAAAAAUAGUUAUAUAUUUAGAGAAUGGUGGUGGUGAUGGUGAUGGUGGUGGUGGUGAUGGUGGCGGUGAUGGUGAUAAAACUUAUUCAUGUUCUGCUUGUGGUGUAACAUUGAUGCAAGAAUCAUCAUUACACUUACAUAUACGAUCACGUCAUAAUGAUAAUAUUAAAUAUUUUUCAUUAAUACGUAAACAAGAAUAUUUAAAAAAAGAUUUACCAAAAUUUGAUACAUUCAAAUCAUCAUCAUCAUCAUCAUCAUCAUCAUCAUCAUCAUCAUCAUCAUCAUCAUCAUCAUCAUCAUCAUCAUCAUCAUCAUCAUCAUCAUCAUCAUCAUCAUCAUCAUCAUCAUCAUCAUCAUCAUCAUCAUCAUCAUCAUCAUCAUCAUCAUCAUCAUCAUCAUCAUCAUCAUCAUCAUCAUCAUCAUCAUCAUCAUCAUCAUCAUCAUCAUCAUCAUCAUCAUCAUCAUCAUCAUCAUCAUCAUCAUCAUCAUCAUCAUCAUCAUCAUCAUCAUCAUCAUCAUCAUCAUCAUCAUCAUCAUCAUCAUCAUCAUCAUCAUCAUCAUCAUCAUCAUCAUCAUCAUCAUCAUCAUCAUCAUCAUCAUCAUCAUCAUCAUCAUCAUCAUCAUCAUCAUCAUCAUCAUCAUCAUCAUCAUCAUCAUCAUCAUCAUCAUCAUCAUCAUCAUCAUCAUCAUCAUCAUCAUCAUCAUCAUCAUCAUCAUCAUCAUCAUCAUCAUCAUCAUCAUCAUCAUCAUCAUCAUCAUCAUCAUUAUGA